AUGUCAGCAAAGACCUUUUGUCCCCAAAGAAGACCCAGGGAGCAGAGGCUCCUUCUGGAUGUUGGAAAGUCUGACAGGGAUGAAGAUGAGGCAAAAGACACUGACUGUUUGCAGCAGUUCUCCAGUUGUCCUGCCUGUAACCAAGAAUAUGACGUCGCUCUGAUCCUACCAUGCUCUCACACAAUGUGUGUUCUUUGCAUAGCAGCUGGAGGGGGGACAAGGUCAGGUCAAUCUCUCCGCCAAAGUGCAAGCGUGCCUGUCUGCUCUGUGCUGUGCCCCUGCUGUCGACAUGCUGUGGAGCUGCCGUGCCAGACCUGGUCAUCAGCCACCUCCUGUCUACCAAAACAUCCCACCCUGAGGUCUUCAUGUGUCAGCCAGGAGACAGGCACCAAGGAGGGAGCAUCUGGAGAUCACCUCCAGCAUCUGCAGGGGGACACAUACUGCAGGGAUGCAGGUGAAGAAACAGCAAAGAGCUGUUUACAUGGCUCCACUGCUACCAGUUCCUCAAUAACACCAGUGGAUGGUGCUGAAGACCUGUGGGAGGAAGAGAUGGCGCAAUCUGUUUUUGGACUAUGUUUUUCUCUGGACCCUUCAACUGUCCCUCCACCCCUCCGUCUUUCCAACUCCUCCCUCACUGUCUUCUACCAAGGAGAGAGCCCUCCUGGUCCACUUCCAGACAACAGAGUCAGGAGGUCCAUGAUGACCUCUGACCCCGGGGUUAUGCUGGCCCUCCCUCAGGUGUGCGCUGAUGUUGUUAUCACACGGGGACAGUAUUACUGGGAAGUGGAUGUCUGUAACAGCUCCAUCUACAGAGUUGGUGUGAGCUCAUUGGACGGUUCUGGCGGUUGGUGGCUCGAAAGGCAGGGCUUGUCAUUUUGCACAGUGUAUGAUGGGAGCAUGGAGCCUCUCUGCACUGUCCCACCCCAGAUCAAAACCCUUGGGGUCUUCCUCAACAUUGGAGGGGGCACCCUGAGCUUCCACAACCCUCUGACCCAGGAGCACCUUGCCACACUGCCAACCCGCUUCAACCCUGCUGGUGUGCUCCCAGCUCUGGGUCUGGGCCAGGGCAGGCUGAGGCUGCGCUCCAGCCUUCCUACUCCUCCCCACGUCUUCCUCAGUAAAGACUCAGCCUACAGGGGGGCUUGCGGGGCCAGUGGAAGCCGGUGGCGCAGGGAGAUUCCCUUCCAGUCGGUGCGGAAAGUGAUUCAGAAGUUUGAGGAGCUGGCUGCGUCGGACACAGACUCAGGCCUGGUGUCCACUUUUGGAUCGUCCUGCUCCACCUUGGCGUCACUUCCAGAUCUUGGGAUUCCAGGGAUGUUUCCCUCUGGGCACACAGGACAGGAAGCUGGGGCUGAAUAA